GAUGGAAAUUGACAAAGAGCCUGAGAACAACUUUAAAAGUUGUACAACGAAGACAAGUGGUACCGUAAAUGUAGCGCAUAGUAGUCACGUAAUACCAAAUGAACAGUUUAAGUUAUGCAACAAUACUCCCGAUAAAAUAAAUGACAUCGUUAACUCAUUUACAAAUGCCACCUCAUCUAUUCAAUUGGAAGAUAAGCAAGUUCGUUUCAAUCUUUUAAAUGAGCGUCAGCAUAGAGAGCAACCAGGAGCAGUUACGACAAAAGUUCAUAUAGACGAUAUUCAGGAAAGCAAAGGACAUUCCCCAAAAAUUUGUCAGCCAGAAGAUCAGAAUCUCAUGGAUUUCGAUAAAAAUGUUCCACAUGUAGAUGCAGAAUCUGCAAAUAGUUUAUAUAAGCCAUUAUAUAUCUCAUUAAGCAGUUCAAGUGCAGAAAAUCAGAAGCAGAAUAUGACAGAAAAGAGUUUAAUAGCAUCAGAAAGUAAAGGACGUGGACGUGGUAGAGGUAGAGGUAGAGGUAGGGGAAGAGGAAGAGGAAAAAGCAAAUAUUCCAACGUCAAUAGUCCUAAAAGUGAAGAAAUAGAUGCAAUAAAUGAAGAAAAAUUAAAUGAUUCAACAGUCUGUGUUAAACCACAAAUAGCUAGAAGAGGAAAGCCAUUUGUUUCUGGAAAUUACUCAAUUAGCGGUCGUCGUUAUAAAAGGCGUCGAUUUUCCGAUAGUGCCGACGAAGAAAAUUUUCAAGAGGAAAAGAUAUGUCGUAAGGAUAAUGAUAUCUGUCUAAAUUGUACUUGUCCAAUCCAUAUAAACAAAUUUCGAAGAGCAAUGACAACUUUAGAGAAUCUUCGACGAAGUGUUCGAGAUUUUAUAUUUACCAUGAUUCGAGUUGACGAAGAUACUCUAUAUUGUACUGAGGUCAUCGAUGAAUUUACAAAGCAGAUAAAUGACAUUACUCAAGACAGAAAAUCAACUGUUAUAGCUUUAAAUCUUGAUACUGAUAUUAAAUUAGAAGAUUUACGAUGUUCUGUAAAUAUUUGUUCAUCUCCGAAAAAGUGUAUUAAUCAGCUAAAAGCGGACAUUAAACAACUUCUGAAAUUUACUUUAGAAGAAGAUAUCUCCCAUAGGAUAAUAUCAUCAACUCUUUUAGAUUUUUAUGCUAAUCAUUUGAAAAAUACUACAAACGAAAUUGAUAAAUUAGACGAAUCGAGUGAAACUACUCAAAAUGAAUUAACCAAUGAAACGCUACCAUCUCUAAGCGAGAGGGUCAUACACGAAAUGGCUUCGAAUGGAAUGUUAGACAAGAAAUUUUCGACAUCUAGUGUAUCCAAAAUUGGUUGCAAAAAUAUUUGGCACUUACUUGUUGGUGGCUGGCUGAUUGUUAGAUCUGCAUUGAAAAUGAAAACUGAAAGAAUUGCAAUAGUUGGAGGAGGUUUGGUUGGAUCCUUGGAGGCUUGCUUCAUGGCUCAGAGGGGUUAUCAGGUGGAUAUUUUUGAAAUAAGAGGAGAUAUAAGAGAUGCUGAAAUCGUCCGUGGAAGAAGCAUCAAUAUGGCAUUGUCGACUAGAGGACGUGCAGCUUUAAAAAAAGUUGGCCUUGAACAGGAAGUCAUGUCGGAGGGAAUACCAAUGUACGCUCGAAUGAUACACGACUUAGAUGGAAAAUGUAGGCCAAUUCCUUACGGAACGGAAAAAACUCAAUAUAUAAUGUCGAUUGACAGGAGAAGGUUAAAUGAAAUACUACUAACUGGAGCCGAAAAACAGAAGAAUGUCAACAUCUUCUUCGACUGUAAAAUUAUUAAAUGUGAUGCCGAAACUGGUACAAUUACAACAUUGAAAGACGGUAUAGAGGAGGAUAGACAAUACGAUAUAAUAAUAGGCUGUGAUGGGGCAUACUCAUUGGUGCGUAGACAAAUGAUGCGUUCAACGAAAAUGGACUAUAGCCAAGUUUAUAUAAGUCAUGGCUAUAAGGAAUUAAUUAUGCCAGCUAAAGGCCACAACACUUUUCCAAUGCCGAAGAACUAUCUACACAUAUGGGCUAGAAAUACGUUUAUGCUUAUAGGUUUACCAAAUCCAGAUGGUAGCUUUACAAUGACAAUGUUCAUGCCCUUUGACAUUUUUGAAACUAUCCAAACUGAAAACGAUUUAAAGAAUUUUUUUCAAGAUAAAUUUCCUGAUGCACUAGAUCUUAUUGGAUGGAAAGAUUUGUGUAAUUCGUUCUUUAGUGGACCAGCUUUACCUCUGAUCUCUGUAAAAUGUACACCACAUCAUUCGAAAAGUAACAAAACAAUUAUCUUGGGAGAUGCAUCGCAUGCUAUAGUACCAUUUUAUGGACAGGGGAUGAAUUGCGGAUUUGAGGAUUGUACAAUUCUGGAUAGUUUAUUGGAUAAAUAUAACGAUAACUUUGUAAAGGCUUUUGCAGAAUACUCACAAAAUCGUUGUAAGGAUACGCAUGCAAUUGCCGAUUUAUCUAUGCUUAAUUACAUAGAGAUGAGAGCUUCAGUUAAUUCAUAUUUGUUCCUUUUGAGGAAGCAAGUUGAUAAAAUUCUGCAUAAAAUAUUUGGAUCUUAUUGGAUGCCUUUAUACAGCAUGGUGGCAUUUUCAAGAUUACCUUAUAGCAGAUGCGUGGAAAAGAAAAAGCAGCAAGAUAAGAUUUAUCGCAUUUCCUUUAUUGUUGGAUUGGGGAUUGCAUCUUUACUUGCAGUAAAAUACGGAAAGUUUGGAGAGAAUUACGAGAAUAUGAACCAACUGUUUCAGAGAUAUGGAACUAAUACGUUAUCCAAAUUAUGGACCAAAUGA